UUUUUAUCAGCUAGCAUUGUCACUGUCUUCUCUCACUCCCUAAAAUCAAAAGCUUGUUUGGUGACCGUGUCACUAGUGGUUCUCAACCCAGUGGCAGGCGCUUUCCCCAUGCACUGACCCCUUCUCCUUCCCUCCUUUCAGGACUCAGGUGUCUUUCACUCUUCCUUUGCUGCUGCCAAGUCUCUCUCAGAUAGACAAGAUGUCUCUGCUGGACAUGAGCGAGUUUGGGGAGGCUGCCCCGUACCUGCGGAAAAGCUACACGGAGCAGCUGAAGCUUCAGACCAUCCCAUUCGAUGGAAAGAAGCGAGCUUGGAUCCCAGAUGAGAAAGAAGCCUAUAUCGAAGUGGAAAUAAAAGAAAGCUCUGGUGGCAAAGUCACUGUGGAAACCAAAGAUAAGGAAACACGGGUGGUGAAGGAGGACGAGGUGCAGCCCAUGAACCCCCCCAAGUUCGACAUGAUUGAGGACAUGGCCAUGCUGACACACCUCAACGAGGCCUCUGUGCUCUACAACCUCAAGCGCCGCUACUCCCACUGGAUGAUCUACACCUACUCGGGGCUCUUCUGUGUCACCAUCAACCCCUACAAGUGGCUGCCGGUGUACACGGCGCCCGUGGUGGCAGCCUACAAGGGCAAGCGGCGCUCGGAGGCACCCCCGCACAUCUACUCCAUCGCCGACAACGCCUACAACGACAUGCUCCGCAACCGUGAAAACCAGUCCAUGCUCAUCACCGGAGAAUCUGGUGCUGGUAAGACUGUAAACACCAAGCGGGUCAUUCAGUACUUUGCCAUUGUCGCAGCCUUGGGCGACACGCCGGGCAAAAAAUUAGCAGCUCUUGCCACUAAAACUGGGGGCACCCUCGAGGAUCAAAUCAUCGAGGCUAACCCAGCCAUGGAGGCUUUUGGCAAUGCCAAAACCAUAAGAAACGACAACUCCUCCCGUUUUGGCAAGUUCAUCCGGAUCCACUUUGGCCCCUCAGGGAAAUUGGCCUCUGCAGACAUUGACAUCUAUCUUCUGGAAAAAUCCAGAGUGAUUUUCCAGCAACCCAAAGAGCGAAGCUACCACAUCUUCUACCAGAUCCUGUCUGGGAAGAAACCAGAGCUGCAAGAUAUGCUGCUGCUGUCCCUCAACCCCUACGACUACCACUUCUGCUCCCAGGGGGUGACAACAGUGGACAACCUGGAUGACGGCGAGGAGCUGAUGGCCACAGAUCACGCCAUGGACAUCCUGGGCUUCAGCAGCGAUGAGAAAUACGGCUCCUAUAAAAUAGUGGGGGCCAUCAUGCACUUUGGGAACAUGAAGUUCAAGCAGAAGCAGCGGGAGGAGCAGGCAGAGGCUGAUGGCACUGAAAGUGCUGACAAAGCUGCCUAUCUCAUGGGAAUCAGCUCAGCUGACCUCAUCAAGGGGCUGCUCCAUCCUCGUGUGAAAGUGGGCAAUGAGUACGUGACCAAAGGUCAGAACGUGGAGCAGGUGCUCUACGCCGUGGGGGCCCUGGCUAAAGCCACCUACGACCGCAUGUUCAAGUGGCUGGUGACCCGCAUCAACAAGACCCUGGACACCAAGCUGGCCAGGCAGUUCUUCAUCGGCGUGCUGGACAUCGCAGGCUUCGAGAUCUUUGAUUUCAACAGCUUCGAGCAGCUGUGCAUCAACUUCACCAACGAGAAACUGCAACAGUUCUUCAACCACCACAUGUUUGUCCUGGAGCAGGAGGAAUACAAGAAGGAAGGCAUUGAAUGGGUCUUCAUUGACUUUGGCCUGGACCUGCAGGCCUGCAUUGACCUGAUUGAGAAGCCCAUGGGAAUCCUGUCCAUCCUGGAAGAGGAGUGCAUGUUCCCCAAAGCCUCUGACAUGACCUUCAAGUCCAAGCUCUACGACAACCACAUCGGGAAGUCGCCCAACUUCCAGAAGCCGCGGCCGGACAAGAAGCGCAAGUACGAGGCGCACUUUGAGGUGGUGCACUACGCUGGUGUGGUGCCCUACAACAUCGUGGGCUGGCUGGACAAGAACAAGGACCCCCUGAACGAGACAGUGGUGUCCGUCUUCCAGAAAUCCCAGAACAAGCUCCUUGCCUCCCUCUAUGAGAACUAUGUGGGCUCUGCUUCAGAGGAACCUCACAAGCCAGGGACCAAGGAGAAACGUAAGAAGGCAGCUUCUUUCCAAACAGUGUCGCAGCUGCACAAGGAGAAUCUCAACAAGCUGAUGACCAACCUGCGCUCCACCCAGCCCCACUUCGUCCGCUGCAUCAUCCCCAACGAGACAAAGACCCCAGGAGCCAUGGAUUCCUUCCUGGUGCUGCACCAGCUGCGCUGUAACGGGGUCCUGGAAGGGAUCCGCAUCUGCCGCAAGGGCUUCCCCAACAGGAUCCUCUACGCGGACUUCAAGCAGCGCUACCGUAUCCUCAAUCCAGCAGCCAUUCCAGAGGACAAGUUUGUGGACAGCAGGAAGGCCACAGAGAAGCUGCUGAGCUCCCUGGAACUGGACCAUGCACAGUACAAGUUUGGCCACACCAAGGUGUUUUUCAAGGCUGGUUUGCUGGGCUUGCUGGAGGAGAUGCGAGAUGAGCGUCUGGCCAAGGUCCUGACAAUGCUCCAGGCCAGGAUCCGUGGGUACCUCAUGCGUGUGGAGUAUCAGAAGAUCAUCAGCAGGAGGGAAGCCCUCUACACCAUCCAGUGGAACAUCCGUGCCUUCAACGCUGUCAAGAACUGGUCCUGGAUGAAGCUGUUCUUCAAGAUCAAGCCUUUGCUCAAGUCUGCUCAGACUGAGAAGGAAAUGUCCAACCUGAAGGAGGAAUUCCAGAAGCUGAAGGAGGCUCUGGAGAAGUCUGAGGCCAAGAGGAAGGAGCUGGAAGAGAAGCAAGUCUCCAUGAUCCAGGAGAAGAAUGACCUGGCUCUCCAGCUGCAGGCAGAGCAAGACAACCUGGCAGAUGCAGAGGAGCGCUGCGACCUGCUCAUCAAGUCCAAGAUCCAGCUGGAGGCCAAGGUGAAGGAGCUGAUGGAGCGUGUGGAGGAUGAGGAGGAGAUGACCUCGGAGCUCACCGCCAAGAAACGCAAGCUGGAGGAUGAGUGUGCAGAGCUGAAGAAGGACAUUGACGACCUGGAGAUCACGCUGGCCAAGGUGGAGAAGGAGAAACACGCCACAGAGAACAAGGUUAAAAACCUGAUUGAGGAGAUGGCUGGUCUGGAUGAGAUCAUUGCCAAGCUGACCAAGGAGAAGAAAGCCCUGCAAGAGGCCCAUCAGCAGGCCCUGGAUGACCUGCAGGCUGAGGAGGACAAGGUCAACACACUGACCAAAGCCAAGGUCAAACUGGAGCAGCAAGUGGAUGAUCUGGAAAGCUCUCUUGAGCAGGAAAAGAAGGUCCGCAUGGACCUGGAGAGGGCAAAGAGGAAGCUUGAAGGAGACCUGAAGCUGUCACAAGAGUCUGUAAUGGAUCUGGAGAAUGACAAGCAGCAGCUGGAUGAGAAGCUCAAGAAGAAAGACUUUGAGAUGAGUCAGCUGAACUCAAGGAUUGAAGAUGGGCAAGUGAUGGAGGCCCAGCUGCAGAAGAAGAUCAAGGAGGUCCAGGCGCGCGUUGAGGAGCUGGAGGAGGAGCUGGAGGCCGAGCGCGCCGCCAGGGCCAAGGUGGAGAAGCAGCGGGCGGAGGCGUCGCGGGAGCUGGAGGAGCUGAGCGAGCGGCUGGAGGAGGCGGGCGGCAGCACGGCCACGCAGCUGGAGCUCAACAAGAAGAGGGAGGCGGAGUUCCUGAAGCUGCGGCGGGACCUGGAGGAGGCCACGCUGCAGCACGAGGCCACGGCGGCCGCGCUGCGCAAGAAGCACGCGGACAGCGUGGCCGAGCUGGGCGAGCGCAUCGACAGCCUGCAGCGCGUCAAGCAGAAGCUGGAGAAGGAGAAGAGCGAGAUGAAGAUGGAGAUUGAUGACCUCUCCUCCAAUGUUGAGUACAUCACCAAGAACAAGGCCAAUGCUGAGAAGCUGUGCCGCACCUACGAGGACCAGCUGAACGAGGCCAAGGCCAAGGUGGACGAGCUGCAGCGGCAGCUGACGGACGUGAACGCCCAGCGGGGUCGGCUGCAGACCGAGAACGGGGAGCUUAGCCGGCUGCUGGAGGAGAAGGAGUCCUUCAUCAACCAGCUGAGCCGUGGCAAGGUCUCGUUCACACAGAACAUUGAGGAACUCAAGAGGCAGCUGGAGGAAGAGACCAAGGGCAAGAAUGCCCUGGCCCACGCCCUGCAAGCCUCCCGGCACGACUGUGACCUGCUGCGGGAGCAGUACGAGGAGGAGGUGGAGGCCAAGAGCGAGCUCCAGAGGAACUUGUCCAAAGCCAAUGCUGAGGUGGCCCAGUGGAGAACCAAGUACGAGACUGAUGCCAUCCAGAGGACUGAGGAGCUGGAGGAAGCCAAGAAGAAGUUGGCCACCCGGCUGCAGGAGGCGGAGGAGGCCGUGGAGGCCGCGCACGCCAAGUGCGCCUCGCUGGAGAAGACCAAGCACCGUCUGCAGACCGAGAUCGAGGACCUGUCGGUGGACCUGGAGCGCGCCAACGCGGCCUGUGCCGCCCUGGACAAGAAGCAGCGCAACUUCGACAGGAUCCUGGCCGAGUGGAAGCAGAAGUACGAGGAGACCCAGGUGGAGCUGGAGGCGUCGCAGAAGGAGUCGCGCAGCCUGAGCACGGAGCUCUUCAAGCUCAAGAACGCCUACGAGGAGUCCCUGGACAACCUGGAGACCCUUAAGAGGGAGAACAAGAACCUGCAGGAGGAAAUUGCUGAUUUGACUGACCAGAUCAGUCUGGGCGGCAAAACCAUCCACGAGCUGGAAAAGGUGAAGAAAAUGCUGGAGAGCGAGAAGAGCGAUAUCCAGGCAGCUCUGGAGGAGGCUGAGGGAGCCCUGGAGCACGAGGAGAGCAAGACCCUGCGCAUCCAGCUGGAGCUGAACCAGAUCAAGGCUGAGAUGGACAGGAAGCUGGCGGAGAAGGACGAGGAGUUUGAGAACCUGAGGCGGAACCACCAGCGCGCCAUGGACUCCAUGCAGGCCUCGCUGGACGCAGAGGCCCGCGCCAAGAAUGAGGCCGUGCGGCUGAGGAAGAAGAUGGAGGGGGACCUGAACGAGAUGGAGAUCCAGCUGAACCACGCCAACCGCCAGGCUGCCGAGUUCCAGAGGCUGGGCCGCCAGCUCCAGGCCCAGAUCAAGGACCUGCAGAUCGAGCUGGAUGACACCCAGCGCCACAACGACGACCUGAAGGAGCAGGCGGGUGCCCUGGAGCGCCGCAACAACCUGCUGCUGGCAGAGGUGGAGGAGCUGCGGGCAGCGCUGGAGCAGGCCGAGAGGAGCAGGAAGCUGGCAGAGCAGGAGCUGCUGGAGGCCACCGAGAGGGUCACCCUGCUCCACUCCCAGAACAUGGGUCUGAUCAACCAGAAGAAGAAGCUGGAGGCUGAUGUCUCCCAGCUGAGCAGCGAGGUGGAGGAUGCGGUGCAGGAGUGUCGCAACGCCGAGGAGAAGGCAAAGAAGGCCAUCACGGAUGCUGCCAUGAUGGCAGAGGAGCUGAAGAAGGAGCAGGACACGAGCGCGCACCUGGAGCGCAUGAAGAAGAACAUGGAGCAGACCAUCAAGGACCUGCAGAUGCGCCUGGACGAGGCAGAGCAGAUUGCUCUCAAGGGGGGCAAGAAGCAGAUCCAGAAGCUGGAGGCCAGGGUGCGGGAGCUGGAGGGAGAGCUGGAUGGGGAGCAGAAGAAGAUGGCAGAGGCCCAGAAGGGCAUUCGCAAGUACGAGCGCAGGAUCAAGGAGCUGAGCUACCAGGCUGAGGAAGACCGGAAGAACCUGGCUCGGAUGCAGGACCUGAUUGACAAGCUGCAGAGCAAGGUCAAGAGCUACAAGCGCCAGUUUGAGGAGGCAGAGCAGCAGGCCAACUCCAACCUGGUGAAGUACCGCAAGGUGCAGCACGAGCUGGACGACGCCGAGGAACGCGCCGACAUCGCCGAGACCCAGGUCAACAAACUGCGCGCCCGCACCAGGGACGCCGUCGUCUCCAAGCCCUGA